UAGUUAUGAUGGUUUAUAUAAAAUUACUUCUUUGGUUUCGCGCUAUCUCUGUUCAUUUUGUAACAUUAUACUAUGGCUGAGAGAAAACGACCAAGAGAACCUAGUCCGAAUGCAGAAAGUCGUUCCCCUUAUUCUUCCGGCUCUUUCUUGAAUUUAACAAGUCCACCACCUCCUUCGGAUACUGAUGGCGACAUAGAAGUGGAAGAAAAUCUUAUUGAAGAUGAUAUCUCUGAUAUUUCUGAGGAAGACGGAGAAAAUUUGUAUAACUCUGAUUUUGAAAGGGAUUAUGAAGAGCGUCCCGAGUUAGAUAAUUAUGAUUCAGACAAUAUCGACGAUGAAGAACAUGAAGAACUUGAUCUUACUAUAAGACGAAAUAUAGAAAGGAUUAUGGAUGAACGUGACGCACGUGGAAAUGAACGUACAGCAGCUGAUUAUCUUUUAGAUACGAAUAAUUAUUUGCAAGAAAAGACAAAACGUCGUCGACGCAAAGUUACUGAAGUAACGCAGGAGCAAGAAGUUGUUCCACAAAUUGGCGAAUUCGAUGGAGAUAGUGACGACGAUGAUUAUGAGGGUAUGAACAAUGAAGAAUUAGCGGACGUUAAGGCGACUUCUAUUAGCGAGUGGAUUAAAAAUCCAGCCGUUCAGAAAGGUAUCGUGCGUCAAUUCCGUAAUUUCAUAUGCAAGUACAAAAAGGAUGGAAAAUCUGUAUAUUGGCCUCGAAUUGAAGAACUUACGAAAGACCAAUUACAGAGUUUAGAAUUUAGUUACGUGCAUUUAGAAUCUGAUAAACCAAUACUAGCAAGAUUUCUUAAGAAAUCACCUGCGGAAAUUCUUCAAGUCUUUGAUGAAGUCGCGACAGAUAUUAUAUUAAAAAAACAUCCACAUUAUGAAGAGUUAAAUAAAGAGAUUCAUGUUCGGAUAACAGAUUAUCCUAUAUUAUACACUCUUAGAGAACUCAGACAUACCCAUCUCAAUACUUUGGUACGCAUUUCCGGUGUUGUGACAAGGCGAACUGGUGUUUUUCCUCAAUUAAAAUUUGUAAAAUAUAAUUGUUUAAAAUGUGGCGGCGUUCUUGGACCUUAUACUCAAGAUAUUCAAUCCGAGAUAAAGUUAAAUCAUUGCAGCUAUUGUCAGUCAAAGGGACCUUUUAGUCUAAAUACAGAACAGACAAUGUAUAGUGAUUAUCAAAAGAUCACUAUGCAAGAAACCCCUGGUACGAUUCCUGCUGGAAGGUUACCUCGACAUCGGGAGGUCAUCUUGCUUUGUGACCUUAUAGAUUCAGUGAAACCUGGUGAUGAAAUUGAAAUCACCGGCAUCUAUCGUAAUAAUUUUGAUAUAUCAUUAAAUGUAAAAAAUGGAUUUCCGGUGUUCGCUACUGUUAUUGAAGCAAACUAUAUUGUUAAAAGGGAAGAUUUUUAUUCGACUUAUAAGUUGACUGGUGAAGAUAGAGAGCAGUUGAAAAAUCUCGCUGAGGAUCCAAAAAUCGCUCAAAAGAUAUAUAAAAGUAUUGCGCCUUCUAUUUACGGCCACGAAGAUAUUAAAAGAGCUAUAGCCUUAUCAUUAUUUGGUGGUGUAGCUAAAAAUAUUCAGGACAAGCACCGAUUACGUGGAGAUAUUAAUAUACUUAUGCUUGGUGAUCCUGGUACAGCAAAAUCUCAAUUUUUGAAAUAUGUUGAAAAAACCGCGUAUCGUGCCGUCUAUACAUCUGGCCGUGGUUCAUCAUCCGUUGGUCUUACUGCAUCAGUGAAGAAAGAUACUAUAACAAGAGAAUGGACGCUAGAAGGUGGUGCAUUCGUACUCGCCGACCAUGGUGUAUGCUUAAUCGAUGAAUUUGAUAAAAUGGAAGAUAAAGAUAGAGUAAGCAUCCACGAAGCUAUGGAACAGCAAACCAUUUCGAUUUCAAAAGCUGGAAUAAAUUCUACGCUUAAUGCUCGAUGUGCCGUUAUUGCUGCUGCAAAUCCUAUUGGAGGUCGAUAUAAUACAUCUAAACCAUUUUCAGAUAAUGUCGAAUUAACUGAACCUAUUCUUUCACGUUUUGAUGUUCUCUGUGUUGUCAAAGAUACCGUUGAUCCAACUGUAGAUGAAAUUCUCGCAAAUUUUGUUGUUGAAAGUCAUGUUAGAAGUCAUCCAGAUUAUCAUGAUGAAGGCGAGGAUUUCACUGUUCAACGAGAUAAUAGAUCUGUAAUUUCACAGGAUCUUUUGAGAAAAUAUAUUAUUUAUGCAAAACAAAUAAAACCCCAAUUGACUAAUCUUGAUGAACACAUGAUUUCAGAUCUUUAUUCUAAAUUGAGAAAAGAAGCACAAAAUGGUGGUAUUCCAAUAACGGUUCGUUAUCUAGAGUCUAUGCUGCGUUUAGCUGAAGCUCAUGCCAGAAUGCAUCUUCGAACUUAUACAAAUAAGAUUGAUGUUGAAAUAGCUAUUGACGUAGUACUACAAAGCUUUUUUGAUUCACAGAAAUUUUCUAUUUCAAAUAGGCUUAAGAGGCAAUUUGCAAAAUAUAUCAAUAAAGCAAAGGAACAAUCAGAAUUACUUAUACAUAUUCUCAAUGAUAUGGUUAGAGAAAAGGUACAACUUCAAAAAGCUUCAAAUGUGCAUUCUCGGACUGGAAAUAUACAUAUAAGCGUGUCUGAGUUGAUAGAACAGGCAAAGAAAUAUAAUGUUUAUGAUGUUGACUCAUUUUUGAGGUCUGCUGAAUUUACACAUUUGUUCAUGUGGGAUCAAAAUCAAGAUGUUAUCAUUAAAUCAUUCACUUAAUGAAAAUCUACUUUUAUAAGCUAUUAUUUAAGAAGAUAUAUAAUAGCUUUAUUAGAAUUACUUUCUAUAAAAUAAUUAGGUAUCAAAUAAAAAAAAAUGUGAAGU